UGUGAUUAUAAGUUGUAAUAAUAAAUAUGGAAGCGAUCCCUGAUUUGUCUGAAGAUAAUCCUCGUACCACUCAUUCAAGGCCAAAGAAACACAAGAAGGCUAAGUUAGGGAAUAAUAAGUUUUCUCAAGCGCCUACUAAUAUUGUUGAAACUAAUGAAAAGUAUUCAGAAUCCUACAGAGCAUACAAUGACGAGGGCAAACUUGAAGAGAUCCCUAUAGACAUGAAAGAAUUAGGAGAGACAGUUAUUGAAUUUGAUAAUCUAAGUAAAGAAUACAAGCUUGAGGGAAGAGAUGAUCUUGUUGUGGCUUUAAGAUCAGCCACUCUUUCAGAUGAAUCAGAAUUUUAUCCAAUCAAAAGAGGUGAAUUUGUAAUGAUUCGUGGACCUUCUGGUGGAGGAAAAACAACGUUACUAAACUUAAUCGGAACAAUCGACACACCUUCAAGUGGAAAUUUGAAUAUUUUGGGUACUGAAAUUGAUUCGAAAUCUACUGAUAGCUUCUUAUCAGAUCUUAGGCUCAGUCAUGUAGGAUUUGUAUUCCAGACAUUUAACUUACUUGCUACUAUGACAGCUCUUGAGAAUGUAGAACUUCCUAUGAUACUUCUUGGAAAAUUAUCUGCAAAGGAAAGGAAAAAUAGAUCUAUCGCCUUAUUAAAAAGAGUUGGACUUGGGGACAGAUUGCAUCAUCUGCCAAGCGAUUUAUCUGGGGGAGAGCAACAAAGAGUUGCAAUUGCAAGAAGUUUAGCUAAUGAGCCAGAGAUCCUUCUUCUUGAUGAACCUACUGGUGAUCUUGAUACUAGAUCAACUGUGGAAGUUAUGGACAUUUUGUUUUCAAUUAAUAGGAGAGGACCAAAAGGUGACAAGAACAAUCCAACAACUUUAGUUAUGGUUACUCACAAUCCUGAACUUGAGUGAUAUGCAGAUAGAAUACUGUAUGUACAAGAUGGAGAGUUUAUAAAACAAGCAUUAAAUAUGGUUCAGCUUGCUUUAAAAAUUGAUUAAUCACAAUUAUGUUUCAUUGA